UGCACCCCGCACCGCGCCGCGGAGCAUCCCUGGAGGCGGCCCCGAGCCCGCGGGAGCCCGGCAGGCAGUUAAAUAAGUCAGCUUACAUGAUGAUUGAAGAUAACAAAGAGAAUGAAGACCAUGCAUCUGAAAGAGGAAGGACAGCCAUCAUUUUUUCCUUGAAGAAUGAAGUUGGAGGACUUGUGAAAGCAUUAAAGCUCUUUCAGGAGAAGCAUGUAAAUCUGGUACACAUUGAGUCACGGAAGUCCAAGAGACGAAAUUCUGAGUUCGAGAUCUUUGUGGACUGUGACAGUAACAGGGAACAACUGAAUGAGAUCUUCCAGCUCCUGAAAUCCCAUGUCAACAUUGUCUCUGUGAGCCCAACAGAGCAUUUCAGUGUCCAGGCAGAUGACAUGGAAAAUGUUCCCUGGUUUCCAAAGAAGAUCUCAGAUUUGGAUAAGUGUGCAAACCGGGUGCUGAUGUACGGGUCUGACUUGGAUGCUGACCAUCCUGGUUUCAAAGACAAUGUUUACCGCAAGAGGCGGAAGUAUUUUGCAGACCUGGCUAUGAACUACAAACAUGGUGACCCAAUUCCCAAGAUUGAAUUCACUGAGGAGGAGAUCAAGACUUGGGGGACUGUGUACCGAGAGCUUAACAAUCUUUACCCAACUUAUGCCUGCAGAGAGUACCUUAAGAACCUACCCUUGCUCACCAAACACUGUGGGUACAGGGAAGACAAUAUCCCCCAGCUGGAAGAUGUGUCUCGCUUCCUGAAAGAGCGCACAGGCUUCACCAUCCGCCCCGUUGCUGGAUAUCUGUCGCCCAGAGACUUCUUGGCAGGAUUAGCAUUCCGAGUUUUUCACUGCACCCAGUAUGUCAGACACAGCUCGGACCCUCUCUAUACACCAGAGCCUGAUACCUGCCAUGAGCUCCUGGGCCAUGUCCCUCUUUUGGCUGAACCCAGUUUUGCUCAGUUCUCCCAGGAAAUUGGUCUUGCAUCACUUGGGGCAUCAGAUGAAGCUGUCCAAAAACUGGCAACAUGCUACUUCUUCACGGUAGAGUUUGGCUUGUGCAAGCAAGAGGGACAGCUGCGAGUUUAUGGGGCUGGCUUGCUCUCUUCCAUCAGUGAGCUCAAGCACUCACUCUCAGACAGCGCCAAAGUCAAGCCUUUUGAUCCAAAGGUCACCUGCAAGCAAGAAUGUAUCAUUACAACCUUCCAGGAGGUUUACUUCGUUUCUGAAAGUUUUGAAGAAGCAAAGGAAAAGAUGAGAGAGUUUGCAAAAACCAUCAAGCGCCCCUUUGGGGUGAAGUACAACCCCUACACUCAGAGCGUGCAGAUCCUGAAGGACACGAAAAGCAUUGCCAGCGUGGUGAACGAGCUGCGCCAUGAGCUGGACAUUGUCAGUGAUGCCCUCAGCAAGAUGGGCAAGCAGCUGGAAGUUUAACAGCCUGUCAGCACUGUGGUGCAAGCCAAUGCUUCCCUUUCCCCCACUGAUUUCUUUCUAGGCAUAUAAUGUGUUGCAUGCAGAACUCACUCCUUUACACAUGGAAGAGUGAACAGCCCAUAAGAAUAUAACAAUUUCAUCUUGUUGCUCUCUGUAAAUUACCUUACAUAAACAUGUUCCUCCAUCCCCCUUAGGUAAAAAAGGUCCAGAGUUGCCUUUUAGAAACUUGUAGGGGAGUAGAGACAUUGUUAGACUAGAGAAAAAGUAUGGUCUGUGGAUCAGAGCUAGGAUCAGAUGUUGCAGGAGGUGGCUUAUGAGGCAAAAAUGGAGUAAUUCACCCUAGGGAGAAUUCCAUUUCUGACUCCAGCAGUCUAUGCUACUGAUUGUGUAGUGUAGAAGCUGUGGUAAUUCAGUGUCUCUAAGUCUGUGCUACUAAGUUUGAAACUUGAAUGAUUACAA